AUGGUGCCCACUGGGCUGAGAAUUCGUUCAAUAAUCUGGAGGAAGUUCGUGUCGGGACUGGGGUCCCGCCUCCAGCCUCGCCCACGCCGUGUUUCAGGGGCGCGUGCCUUGCGGCACGUCCUCUCCCCGGGGCGGGCCGGCGGGCGGCGCGUCGAGAGCUCCAAUGGGAGCUCUCGCGCGCGGCGCAAGGGGCCUCCGGGGGGUGCCUCGCGGCACCUCCCCUCCUUGCUGGGGCCCGCUCCCUGUCAGUCCAGGGACACAAGGGGCAUGGCUUCCACGGUGUCUGCCGGCAGCACCGUCUUGUCCAGGGCGUAG